GCAGAUUGAACAUCGCGACAUCGGUUCUCGCGUUCACCCCGUGGAACACGAGGUUUCCUCUAUCAUCCCUGUUUAAGUGUCGACAAAGGGGAAGAAAACGUAUUUUCAUUUGCAAAAGAACAAGACGAGAAACAUCCGUGACGUAAAAACCGUCCAAGAUAAUGGUGUCGAUAAAGUACCAGGAAAAUCACUAGCAAAGUUGAACCAAACGGUCGGAUUCAUUAACGACACUAGAGGACAUUUGUAUUUUUUUUCUCAAGAUUUUCUGAUGUAAACCAUCGACGAUAAAAGUGUCGAUAAAGAAGUCCUGUUUUCUGAAAAACCGAAGGAAAAUCACGUUCAAUCCCGAAAGAAACUUGAACCAAUCUCGAUAUUUUAUUUACGACACGAGUGGCCACUGUUCGGCACAUUUUUUCCUCGGAUGAUAUAAGAUUCAGGGGCAAAAACACUUAUGAAGUAUCGAUAAAAGUCGGGUACUAAAAGACAGAAGAGGUAUUCGACAGAAAUCCAAUAAACUUCCGUAGCAGACUAACGUUGCUCAAAUUUUUACUCCCUUUCUUAAAUGAAGUUUCGACGAGGUUUAAAGCACACGCGACAAGGAGUGAAAAUCGAAUCCUUCUAGCUUGCAAACGAGACUGGUCGGUUUCUGUGGAAGAAAGGAAAGAAGCAAGUAAAAGGCACGAUUAAUGGAGAAUAAGAGAACAGAAGUUGGUGGCAUCUCGAAAAGAACGAAGACGUGACUCGACUGAAAGCUGCAAGAUCAACGAACUGGAUCCAGAAGCACGAAGGUGUCAUGUACCGUGUUCCUGACAUCGAGAAAUCAAUGCUAUCUUGAUCCAUCCAUCAAGAGGGAUCGAUGCGUAUGACCAAGAGAAUCGAAGCAAAGAAUUUAAACUUCGCCACGUGAUUCAGUGACUUAUCUCAACCGCGUUGUAACGUUUCGAGUUUCACGAGAACCGAUGUCUGCAAACUCUUGUUUCAAAUACUGCGAAUUUACGUACGAUUAUUGGAGAAACUACGGUCAGUGAAUUUAACAUCGGAAUAACGUACACGAUGUACGAGUCUCGGCGAGUUUGCACCGUGUAAAAUCAUAAAAUACCCAGGAAAGAAGAAAAAGAAAACCAAGACGGGUAAUUACAACCAGGAGAGACUUCAAUGUAGAAGCUUUGGUGUACAGCGUUGUUGCCUGCGGUCGUUGCCUCGACCUCGCUGUUUUAUCGAAAAACCGGGUCCAGAAAAAGCGAAGAAAAAAGGAAAACGAACGUGGAACUAGAAAACCGUGAUACAUCAAAGGAUGCUUUGACUUUUUCUCCACACUAAAUAAAGCACCACGGGUGGUAAACUGUUUUGGAGGCUAUAGCGAACAGUGGCAAUCGAUUAAAUGCAAAAUGUCGGUCGAGGUGAGAGCGGGUCGACCAACAAUGCCUACAAUUCCACAAUCUAAGAGACCAACGAUUCUAGUUUAUCCUACAGUAACUCCGGAGAGUAUCAUCAUCCCAAUAGUAUCUUGUAUUCUUGGAUUUCCAUUGUUGGCGCUGAUGGUUAUCUGUUGCCUGAGAAGAAGGGCUAAACUUGCGAGGGAACGAGCCAGGAGAAGAAACUGUGAUUUGGAUCACGGUGCUUUGAGCUUGGUUCGUUUCAGCCCUGUUCAUCGCUUAGCAUCCAAAGAGGAUUUAGCUGGAAUUGAUCGACCAACGAGAACGGUGUCCUUAAGAAGCGAUCGAGGGUCCAAAGCUUUUCCGUCAUUAGAGCUAGACACCGUGGUCGAAGAACGAUCGGAUCCUGAACAGAGCACCGCACUUGAACUCAGCAGUCCGGAUUAGCAUCCAGCUUUGGUACCGCCAAGGUACCAACUACAAUUAUUUUAACACAUUUUUUAAUCAUACAUCCAUGCGGGCUUUGAAGAAGAUACCGUCUGUGCCAGCUAGCAUUAACAUCAUAAAUGUUAAGAUUUUGAGAAUAUUUUUACAGGUCUCCUCGGCCAUCAAAACCAGCGGUGCCAUUACCCGAGGAUCAUAGCCCUUUAUGGACAGCGUUGACGCACGCUAAUACCGUAUCAUCUGCCCUUGGAGAUACCUAGCAGGAGGUGGAUGAGGGCGAUUAUAUCGAAGCUCUCGUCCUAAACUUACCAAUCAUUUAUUAAACAAUUAGAAAAAUUUAAAAAUUUGUUAUGAACCUUCAAUACCUGGGAUAUAUGUUACGUUCAGUUUGAAGAUCGUGACGAAUUCCGAACAUACAUCGCAAGUGCCGUAACGAAAAAUGACUAUAAAAUAUAUUGACAUCGUAAAUUUAAAUAAAAGUUUGCAAACGAGUUUUGCACAUGUGACAGAAAAUUAAUGUGAGUUAAACGUUAUACUGACCAAUUGUAUCACAUUUAGUAGACAUCCCGGCUUUUUACAAUGAGAUACCGAGUCGAAAAAAGUAUGCUACAGAUAUGUUAGUGUAAAUAAGGGUUUGUUAACACGACGUACAAACAGACAACAGUUUGUAAAUAAAUCAUCACAAGCACCAGAAACUUCACACUUUUAUAUAUUAUGAAAUCGAUAUACGGAUUUUUAGUGUUGAAAACUGUCAAUACGUCUGAUGUAAAUAAUAUUACUAGAUAUACGAAAUAAUUAUUUAUACAAGAGCAAUUAGAAUGUAUUCAAAUAUAUCAAAUAUAAAAUUCUUCUAAACAUA